AUGGCCCAAAGAGAAAAAAAAGGAGAGAUCAUCCAUGUUCGUAGCGCCACCACUCCGCCGCCGCUUCUCCACCCAACCCAACCCAACCAUCUAAUCAGCCAAGUGGUGGCGGCGAUCAUCCAAAACCGCCCCUUCGACACCGCCCCUUCCCCCCACCACCACCAACGCAUUUGGACUUCCGAAACUGUAAUUCAAGUCUUGCGAUCAAUCCCACUGCACCUCUUUCAAUCCUCAAGAUCAAUCGGCCGCCAAAACACCUUCCGCCACCGCUCCCCACUCAAGCAAAGAAACCUCAAACAGGAAACAUUAAAAUAUCAAACGGGUUCCCUGAUUCUCGGCUCCGCAGCUCACAGAGACCCAACAAGAGUGAAUCUCGGGCUCGAAAAAGCACUCGAAUUCUACUACUGGGUCGAAACCCACUUCGAUUUUCAGCACAACGAGCAAACGUGUAAAGAGAUGGCUCUUGUUUUAGUCAAGGGCAACCGAAUGAAUUUAUUCUGGGAUUUUUUGAAGAAUAUGUCACGUGGUGGGGACAAAAGAUCCAAUCUUGUGACAACCGUUACUAUGACAUGCUUGAUCAAGGCUUUGGGAGAUGAGGGUUUGGUGAAUGAGGCGUUGUCUGCAUUUUACAGGAUGAAGCAAUUUCGCUGCAAACCCGAUGUUUUUGCUUACAACACUGCGAUUUACGCUCUUUGCAGAGUUGGGUUUUUCAAGAAAGCUAAGUUCUUGUUCGGGCAGAUGGAUCUGCCGGGGUUUAGAUGCCCGCCGGACGUGUUUACCUACACGAUUUUGAUUAGUUCGUAUUGCAGGUAUGCGAUGGAGACUGGUUCGAGAAAGGCAAUUAGGAGACGAGUGUGGGAGGCGAAUCAUUUGUUCCGGUUAAUGCUGUUUAAGGGUUUUGUUCCUGAUGUGGUGACUUACAACUGUUUGAUUAAUGGUUGCUGCAAGACGAAUAGGAUUGGGAGGGCGUCGGAGCUGUUCGAUGAAAUGACUAAGAGAGAAUGUGUGCCUAAUCGUGUUACUUAUGAUUCCUUCAUCAGGUAUUAUAGUGCCGUGAAUGAGGUUGAUCGGGCGAUUGAGAUGUUGAAGAUGAUGCGAGAAAAGGGUCACGGUGUGCCUAGUUCGAGUUCUUACACACCGAUAAUUCAUUCCCUUUGUGAAGUGGGGAGAGUUGAGGAGGCGGUCGAUUUAGUGGUUGAGUUGUUUGAGGGGGGCUCGAUUCCUAGGGAGUAUACUUACGAGGUGGUGUGUAAUGCUUUAGAGAGGGAAGGAAAGAUGGAUUUGUUAGAUGAAAAUUUGUGUAGGCACAUUGAAAGCGGUAUCGAGAAUCGGAUUAGACAAGUAAAGAAGGUGAAACCUACGAUGAGGAGAGAAAUGAGUUGAUUAUGGGAUUGGUGAAUUUUUUCGAUCUCUGAGAGAAAUUUGUAUGUAAUAAUCAAGUUCCUCAAAGUUGCAAUUUACAUUAUGAAUUUUGAGAAAUGUCUCUGCCAAAA